AUGGACGAAGAAGAAGCUCAACAACAUCCAAGAUAUGAAGUACACGAAGGUAUAAUCUUUGUUAUUGAAUUAACAAAGACAAUUUUUUUACCAAAUUCAACAAAUGGUAAAUCAAAUUUACAAGAAAUUUUAGAAAUUUUAAAUGAAUCAAUGGCUCAUUCUAUAAUAACAUUACCAAACACAGGGUAUGGUUGUUAUUUUUUCCAUAGUGGGAAUGAUCAAACUUCUCAGGGAUUAAAACCUGGUUUAGAAAAAUUAUUUAGUUUAACUGAUUUAAAUUAUUCAAAUAUGAAAAUUGUUCAAGAUAUCUUGGAGGAAAAUGUUAAAACUGAUGAUGAUUCAAGGGUUUAUAGAUCAUUAGAAGAUAGAUUCCCUGUAUUAGAGACUGAUGAUCAAGAACUUAAGGAAAAUCAAUUAUAUGAAAUUUUAGUAACUUUACAAGAUGAAUUUUUAAUUAAAAAAGAUUUUCAAAAACAAUAUAAUAAUAAUAAGAUUUUUUUAUUUACUGAUAAUGAUACUCCAAUUAAUCCUGAAAAUGUUUCACAGAAAAACAUAUUAAGAAGAUUAUAUAAUGAUUUAGAUGAUGCUCAUAUAAAUAUAUCACCAUUUUUAAUUAAUAGUUCAUAUAAACAAUUUGACCCUAAAAUUUAUUCAGAAUUAUUUUCAAUCACUCAUGAUAAUCCAAAUGAUGAAUUAGAAGCUGGUGAAAGUUCAAUGUUUGAUGGACCAAGUACAAAACCAAUUGAUGUUUCAAUUAUAAAACAACGUGUAUUAAGAAGGAAAGAAAUUAGAAGAAUUCAAUUCCAAUGUCCUUUAAUUUUUAAUGAUAAUUUAAUUGUUGGUGUAAAAGGUUAUUCUAUAUAUACACAUGAAAAAUCUCAAAGAAAUAAAUAUGUUUAUGAAACUGAAAAUUUCCGGAAAAAUGUUUAUAGUAAAAGAAGAUUUUUCAAUGAAAAAACCGGGGCAGAAUUUGAUAAAACUGUUAAAAUUUAUAAAUUUGGUUCUGGUGAAGAUGAUGCUAUUAAAUUAACAAAUGAUCAAAUUUUUCAAUUACAAACAUAUGAUGAAAAUUAUGAUUGUUUUUUAAAACUUUUAGGUUUUAAAAAUGAAAAAUUUGGUAAUAAAUUCCAUUAUAAUACUUCAAAAAUUCCAUUUGUUAUACCUGAUGAAGAUAAAUAUGAUGGAUCAAGAAGAACCUUAAGUGCACUUUAUCAAAGUUUACAAAAAUUAGAGAAAAUUGCUAUAUUAUUUGGUAAAUUAAGAAAAAGUGGACAACCAAGUUUAUAUGCAUUACAAAUUACCAAAACCCCAUUCCCUGAGGGGUUUAUGCUUAUUAGAUUACCAUUUUUGGAUGAUAUUAGGAAAAUUCCUGAAGGUUAUGAAUAUUAUAAUGAACCUUCAAAUGAUUUAAAAUUAGUUACGAAAUCUAUAUUGAAAAAUUUAAUAUUAAAAGGAUAUCAACCAAAAGAUUAUAAAAAUCCUUCGUUACAAUUACAUUUUAAGAUAUUACAUGAUUAUUUAUUACAAGUUGAAGUUGAAGAUGAAUCACAAAUUGAUGGUAAUGAAGAUAAUGAAGAAAAUAAAUUAUUACAAGAUGAUACAUUAAAUAAGAUUCAUCAAGUUAGGAAAAGAGUGGAAGCUUCACAAUUAGAAGGGAAAAUGAAGAUUUUUGAAAAUAUUAGAAGAUGGAAUUCUAUAUAUAAUAGGAAAUAA